ACCGGUUCAAAUGACAGGUCAUCUUUAGGUCGAACCGUAACGAGCGCGACGUAUAUCUUCCACCUGUGAUCCUUUCAGAUAAAAGAUGGCUGCAUGAUCAACGAACGCAUCAUUAUUGAAGUGCGACAAAGUGGAGGGAAAUAGCUAAAGAUGACUGGUUUAGCAAGACUGCUGUGCAUCGCGGUCAUCUCAACUUGUGUUGGUGUGGUGUGGAUGCAGUCCAGAGGCAUAGAAUGGAGAAAUAUCCCCAAAGACCCGUCCAUCUUCGAACACCCGCAGGACCCGACAGUGCACGACCGGGAGAAGGCUCUGUCAGAAGGCAUCAACUACGCUAACCUGACCUGCCGAGCCAAGGGCAGACCGUACGUCCACUACAGCUGGCUCAAGGACGGGAAGGAGAUAGAUGCAAAAUCCGACAAGUACGCCAUAGCAGGCGGGUACCUGGUCAUAUACAACCCCGUGUACCCUGACGAUCAGGGGACGUACCAGUGCAUCGCCUACAACCCGCGGGGAGCGGACGUUAGCAUGCCGGCAUUCUUCGCUCUGGCACACGUUGGAACGUUUGACAAAACUCCCCGGUCUCCUGUGACUGUUACUGAAGGGAGGGGAUUCAAACUUGAGUGUGGAGCUCCAGAUGCGUUCCCCGCUCUGCACUACGGCUGGUACAAGGGCCAUAUCGCCAACCGGAUCAUUCCGAACGAACGGAGAUACAUCUCCCUCAAAAACGGAGACCUGUACUUUAAAUAUGCCAUAGUCAAUGACGCCGGAGAAUACAGGUGCUUCGUCCAGAAUCAACUACAAACAGAAUUCACAGGAGAUUUGAACAACAGAUCCAGUCCUAUCAUCACCGUGACUGUUGAUCGUGACCUCAAUCCACCUAUACAGGAUAGAGAACCGGUCAUCAUUCUCGCACCAGAGGAUAUCCAACCAAUGGCAGGGUACUUGAGUGCAGAGUUGGAGUGCUUCGAUGACGCAUACCCUGAAUCAAACAUCAAGUGGAGACGACUGGACAGGCCAGCCAGGGAAGGCGGUGUAGAAAUCGAGUUUCCAUCCAAAGCCCGGUUCAACUACCUCUCCCACGCGCUCAUUAUCCCAGAGAUCAGCGAAGCAGACGGGGGAAUCUUCGAGUGUACCGCCAGCAACCGCAAGGGAUCCGUCUCACACGAGGCCCUGAUCGAAGUUAGAUCCUCACCAUCGCCCAAAGUACCUUUUUCGAAAAAGCCACUCGUCAUUGGAGGCAGUGUGACUAUGUCAUGUGAAGCGACGGGAAGUGAACCCCUCGUGUACAGUUGGUACUUUGGAAGGGACAAGAUAGUGACUGAUAACAUAAAGUACGUCGUAUCUACCGACAAGCUUACAGUCAAGAACAUGGACCUGAAUGACAAGGGGAGUUACCGGUGCAUCAUCACAAACGAACAGGGAGCAGGCACUGCCGAAAUUCGAUUACUGUCUAAACCACCAAACAUCGUAAUCCCGAUCAGCCAGCAGAACGGGAUGGAAGGAUCCACCAUCACCAUGACUGUAACUUUUGAGGGACUUCCGGUUCCUACAAUGGAGUGGAUCAAACAGGGGGAAGUGAUCGUAACUAGGACACCAGAGGGAGUUGUCACCAAAACAAGUUCAAGGUACAACGUGACAAAGAAAGGUCAUCUGGUCAUCAGAAACCUCAGCCCAGAAGAUGGAGGAAGUUACAGCUUCAGAAUUCAAAACGUCCUGGGCAGUGUGGACACAGCAGGGAGACUAUACAUUGCACAGAAAUCGCGUAUUGUACAAGGCCGUGGACCAAAAGAUGUCAACAUGGAACAAGGAAGCACUACAACCAUCCCGUGUGAAGGGCAGAUAGACACUCUGCUGGAAAGUGUCAACUCCUGGUUUGUGGACGGCAGGAAGAUCGACUUUGUGAAGGAAUCAUUCAACUACAAGAGGGGGCCUAAAGGAGAACUGAUCAUCAAGAACGCAAACGUCAUGAUGCACGAUGGUGUGUACACCUGCGCACUGGACACUUCUGUCGAUGAACAGACUGCAACAGCCAGAGUGCGGAUCAAAGGUGUGAGCGAAGCGCCAGUUGGAGUGAAGUUUGAGAAUGUGGGGUCCAACACCGCUACUCUCCGCUUCACUCAAGCCAACACCAAUGGAGACAGCUGUAAGGAGUAUGUGGUGGAGGCGCAGACAGAGUUCGAUGACAUUUUCUUCACUGACAGACUGUGGACCCAGGUUUGGAGGGGAUCACCAAAUUCCCUCAGAAAUGGACGCGGUGGGUCUAAGCUACUCAACCUGAACAAUCUGAAGCCGUUUACCGAGUACAGCUUCCGGGUUAUGUGUAUGAACUUGUACGGAAUGGGUGAGCCGAGCUGGCCGACCGAGAGAAACAGGACUUUGCCAGGAGCCCCACCUCGAGCUCCAGGGAAGCUUGGUUACGGCAAUGGUAUGGCAGGAGAUGUGCUGAUGAGCUGGGAGCCACUCCAAGAAUCAGACUGGGGAGAUAUCACGGUCGGAUACCGUGUACGGUACCGUCGACAGGGUACCGGGGACAAGUACCGGGUGGUGUACAUCGACAACCCUGAGGCAGCAGCCUACGCGCACACCCAGCCUCCAGCACCCGUCAACGUUCCGUACGAGUGUAAGAUCGCGGCGUACAAUAACUACAGUGUUGGACCGGAGGCCACGUGGAUCGCCUAUUCGUCUUCAGGCCUGCCAGAUUACCCAAGGAACUUGGAAAUCAUAAGACAAACGAACAACAGUGUGACGAUGCAAUGGGAGAAGAUCCCGAACUUCAACGGCCCGAUCCCGUUCUGGGGUGUCCGGUACUGGCGAGAGCAAGAUCGCCCAAGGGCUGCCCGUCGUACUAAACGUGCAGUUAGCUGGUGGUGGGACACCUGGCUCCGUUACAUCCCAGAGGAAGAGGAGGAGGAUGAAACAGGGUUCCAGUACGCCCGUCUCUAUGACGACGGUCUGACCAAGCUAUCAGGACCUGCUGGCAAGGAGACGUACAUACUUCGUGGACUUCAGCCGAGCACGCUCUACAACUUUCAGGUGCGAGCCAACAGCCAUCCAUAUUUUGGCGAAUACAGCAACAUCACCCGUGCGAUAACAUUGCGAGAAUCAAACCCAUGGCUCAUCGGAUUGAGGGGCACCUGGUGGAUGCCGAUGCUAUUCUGGUACCUGAUCAUAUUGCUGAUAGUCCUGCUGCUCAUCUUUUGCUGUUGUUGCUGUCUUUGGUGCAAGAUGAGGCAUCGUCAUGACCCGAAGGAGGAGUCUAUUCCCCUCGCCAAGAGAAAGGAAAUGUCAAAGGAUUAUGGAGUAGACGUUAUGACACCCUACCACAAGAACGUCCUUCGUCAUUUCCGGGACACAAUCACCCGAUACGUCAGUCCAAAACCUGUUGCCGAUCAUCUCGUUGAAAGAGAGGCCUUACCACAGACAAUAGCAGGGCAGAUCAAGCAGAUUGAAGAACCUGAUUUGGCCAACGAGAGGCUGUUGGACAUCCUGCCUAACCGUCCUGAUUUUGCCUUCGACCACUUCUGCGAUGGAGUCCGCCCUGAACACCCUUGGCUGUCUGAUCUACUGGAGGAGAGAGAAGAAGAAAUGACAGACGAGCACAGGUCUAUCCUCCAGUCCCACCAGGAAGCCCUGGCUGCAACUGUCGACCCUCAUCCCGUCAUCAACCAUAUGAAGGAGAAUAGGUACUUCAACCACAUGGAGGCAGAACAUCUCAAGACCAUUCCCAGUAAAGAAGAGACGAACAAUACUGUGAUUGACAUGGUUAAAGAUCGUCCUGACCCCGCCUUCUAUCACUACCUGAUGUGCCUCAACCAGCAGGACCCGGGUCUGGCCGCCAAGAUCGGAGGACCAGACUAUCCGGUGGACAUCAAGAGGCUUGAGCUUGAGAUGGAGAACAGGAUGAUGGACACCCGCAUGCAGCCACCUCUCAUGGUUGCCAAUGGACCAUAUGAUGACGACAAGAGUGAUGCUGAUUCCUACAAUAUCGACAUGCCUAUGCUGAGCAGUAUGAUGCCGAACUUGGUGGCCGUAGAGCCAGUGGAGAUGAAGAUGGAUGCUGUGGACGCUCAAAACUUGUCUUCUGGACUGGACGUUUUCCAGCCACCAGCCGAGGCGCAUCCGUUUGAGUCCCAGUCCGGGAGCACCAUUGAAGUAGAAAAUGAACAACCCGUCAUCAUUGAGAUUGUUGGAGACGCUGAGAGCAUACGCUGGCUUUACGAAGGGGUUCCACUGCCCAACAACGACUCCUACCGCCAGUACACUGAAGGUGGUGACAUUAACUCCCUCUUCAUUGCCGAAGUCAACACGCAGAACCAGGGAUGUUACACCUGCGAAGGUACCACUGAGUCGGGCGUCGUCAACUGCGACAUAUUCAUCAAGGUCCGGGAACCGCGGGCUCAAAUUGUGUGAAACACAUUACUGCCAUCAUGUUUACUGGCCGAAACAUUUUACUAUAUAGGCUGAAGUGUUUGAAUCUCACGCAGACAGAAAACAGUAUGUACAAACAUCUUGGAUAUAGAAAGUGGCAACGUGUUAACGCGUUGACUUUUGAAACUUUUAGGGUUACUAAGUAUCAGGUGAUGUAAUUUAGACUUAUAUAGGUAUAUUUAGUGCUUUUGAAAUGUUUUACUUAUCUUACUGUUUAAUGGUGUAUUGCAUUUAAAGCAGUGACAUGAUGUGCACGUGCCUUGUAAUGAAUUUGAAUAUUAAUACAAAUUGUUUGAUAAAUUGUGUAAUUGGCAGGGAUUUACUACAUAUUGUAUCAUAACUUUUAAAGUGUAAGGAUUCAAGAAAGGGUAUGUUGAAAAUCUGUACUUGAUAACAAUGAAUACCGUCUUUCUAUAUUCUAUUUAACGUUUAGGAAUUUUUACUUAUUGACGAUAGUAUUUUCGUCUUUUUUUACAAGGUCUCAUUUCUUACAAGUUUUGUCAUGAAUUCGUCAGAAGGUGUACAAAUGAUGGUGUUAGAUGUGUGUUCAAAUGGAGGCCUUUUUACACUAUACAUACAAAUAACAUAGUUGUUGCAAUUGUCGUCUGUGUGUGUGUGUUUUGUCAUGGCAAUAUUCAUUAAACUAAUCCUAAGGCUAUUUGGGCUUUGAUUAACCAAAAUUGAUAUCAAUAAAAUAAAGAUGCAUUCCAUUCUUCCGUA